UGGAACAGGUCUGGAGAAACUCCCUGGAGAGACAAGAGGAAUACACCAUUGAGUUCUCCAGCGAUUCCGAGUCUUCUGUUGGGUCCUAUCGGAAUGGCAACCACUGGAGGACGACCGGAUGAUUCGUCAACGGGGCAUUCUAACGAAGUCGAAACCUUGCAGAGGGAGUACGAGUGGCUGCUCAAGUUCGAAGUGAAUGACAUUGUGGAGCAACUCCAAGGCGUAAUCGCGGAAUGUUCCAAGAGAUUCCCCCUCUCAAUCCCGGGCCACCAUCAAACAGAUGCGAGAUCUGACAAAUUCGUAAUGCAGAACACAAUCGCGACAUCGGCAGAUCAAAUAAAAGUUGUUGCUACUCUGACCGGUGACUCGAUUAGUCAUGCUGACAUAACGUUGAGGCUCCCGAAACACGCCCAGCCUAGUCAACGCACCAUCGUGCAAAACGACGCUCAAUGGAAACUCCAACAGAUUCAAGAUGCGGGCAACCACCUCAUGCAAGCGAUGAAUCUUUUGAAUCCGAAUCGAGUUGGAGGUAAAUUCGAGUUCAUAUCCGGUCAGGAGGUUCGGAAUCUCAUGGCGGCCGUCAUGGGCUGCUUGGGUCGAGGGCGAGCCUGCCUUGUCGUACCUAAGAAACGGACCAUUGAGGAUAUAAUGCAAGGUCGAAACAUGGUACCCCCCCUACCGAACGACGUAGCUGUGAGCUUCUACGUACAGAGUUACAAGCUGGUGUUCGCGGUUUAUCACGUACAAAAAGAUUCACAUGGUCAACAGAAAUUCGACGUCUUACAGGCCGAAUGCUCUGUCCCGUGGUUGAGUGAAGCUCUCGUAUUGUUCACCGUAGCGUUGCAGCUCUGUCAACAACUAAAAGACAAGGUGGAAGUUUUCAACCAAUUCAACGAUUUCGUGGUUCCUGAGAAGCUCUGAAUUCCGAAAGCACGCGUGAACCUGCCGCUCGGCUGGGAUAUAGUGGAACAGGAGAUCGAGGUCGAAUCGUAGAGAGCAAUAUCUAGAACUUGUCGAUAGUGAAUGAUCGUCUCGAAGAGGAGCGAGUAGAGCUGAGCCGAGAAGAGCACUAAGCUUCGGAGGGAGAAAUCACCACCACAUCCAGGCCAUUCCGUCUUUCUGCUGCUAGUCAUCUCAUUGUUUCCAUCGACGCCUUUCCUUAGGAAAGGAAAAUGUGUGAUUUCACGGAAUCGUUCCGUUUUUUGUAUACUAACUUUUCGUUGUUAUUUAAUGAAAUCAUCUGGUAACGAGCCCGCUGCAAGAGUCCAUGGGAUGCUGGAUGAUAUCGAAGUUGCUUUCGCUCGCCGUGAUUCUCACGAGCGGUGCAUUCGGGUGGAGCGUUGUGUGAAUCAUCAGUCAGAAGUCACCGAUAUCGCUGGACUUCUGGCACGGCAUUGGUUUUCAUCCGAAUUCCUGGUUUAGUGCGUACCAAUAAAGG